AUGGAGCCGCGGACGGAGAACAUCACCUCACACCAGCUCUUCAUCCUGAACGGCUUCAAUGAGCUGGGAGCUCUUCGUCCCGUCCUCUUCGUCCCGUUCUUCAUCAUGUUCGUGGUGUCUCUGUCGGCUAACUCUCUGCUGCUGUACGUGGUCGUCUCUCAGAGGAGCCUCCACUCGCCCAUGUACGUGCUCAUCGCCGGCAUGGCCUGCGUGGACGUGUGCCUGCCGCUGUUCUUCGUGCCCGGCAUGCUGUUCAGCUUCCUGUUCGACUGGAGGGGAAUCUCUCUGAUUGGCUGCCUGGUUCAGAUUUACUUUGUCCAUUUGUUGGGAGCCUUUCAGUCCACUCUGCUGCUGCUGAUGGCUCUGGACCGAUACUUUGCCAUCUGCGUGCCGCUCUACUACCACCAACGCAUGGCAUUACCCGGAUUCCUCCGGUUUGUGAUUCCACUGGUGGUGAGAAACGUCCUCCUGGUGGCGCUGGUGGUGAUUCUGGCCGGGUCGCUGCCGUUCUGCUCUGUAAACGUUAUAAAUCACUGUUUCUGUGAGCACAUGGCGCUGGUGGAGCUGGCGUGUGGCAGCACCGCCGUCAACAGUGUGCUGGGACUGACCUCCGUGUUCUGCAUCUCUGUGGUCGACUUCUUCUUCAUCACCACCUCCUACGUCGUCAUCUUCAGCUCAGCGCUCGGAUCCGGUAAGUCGGGCAUGAAAGCGCUGCACACCUGCGUGACUCACAUCGUGGUGAUGACCGUCAGCCUGACCCUCAUACUCGUGGCUUUCCUGUCGUAUCGGAUCAGAAACGGUCUUCCUGCAUGGUUUCGGGUUUUCUUCAGCACCUUGUACCUUCUGUUCUCGAGCUGCUUCAACCCGAUCAUCUACGGCAUCAGAACCACCGAGAUCCGGCAGCACAUCCUGAAGACGCUGAGCUGCUCCUAA